AUAUUAAUAAAAAGUUAAAUGAAAUAAAUGUAAUUAAAAACUGACAUUAAAAAACCAUCAAUCCAUCCAACCAUUAUCUCUACUCUUAUCUGUCAGGGGAAGCUGGAGCCAAUCCCAGCUGACCCCAUGUCAUGAAGAGGUGGGAAAAAGAUGUAAAAAUAAGAAGAAUAUAAUCAUUAAAAAUACACAUGAUAUAAAAUAAAGUAUACUAACAAAUUAAAAUAUCAAUGUGUGAUCACAUUAAUAACAUUUUUGCAAGCCAGUGUUAUCACAGGAAAGAUUAGAUUGUAUUAAAAUGUUGAGUCCCAUCACUUAUACUCCGACAUAGCACAGCAUCUAUCAGGGCUGAGAUUAAAUAAAUGUAGCGUUAACUAAAGCAGAGCCCUGCGACAGACUGGCGAUGUGUCCAGGGUGUACCCCACCUCAGCUGGAAAUGGCUCCAUCUGUGACCCAUGAUGGAUCAGAGACAAAGAAAAUGAGUGAAUGAAUAAACUGGAAGGGCGCUCAGUAGAGUGCAUACCUCAACAAAGCCACAUAUUCAGAUUUGCAUCAAAAUCUAAUCUGUUGUUCCUGGGCCCAUGGCCCAUUGUUCCUCAAGAUUUCAUCAAAAUCCAUCCACUACAUUUUGAGUUAUGUUGGGAACAAACAAACAGAAGUGAAAACAUCACCUCCUCCAAAUUUUCUGGAGGAAAAUUUCAAAGCAGGUGAUGAGGCUGGUCUGAGAUCAGCAAGAGCCAACUUGUCCAGCCUCAUCACCUGCUCUGAAAGCAGUGUUCCGGGCUUUCAGUAACCGAUAGACUUCCCCCAUCACCAUGGUUUCUGGUUGGCCCGUACUGUGAUGGUCUUAAUGUCCGUGAUAUCUCAUCUCAUCUCAUUAUCUCUAGCCGCUUUAUCCUGUUCUACAGGGUCGCAGGCGAGCUGGAUCCUAUCCCAGCUGACUACGGGUGAAAGGCGGGGUUCACCCUGGACAAGUCGCCAGGGCUACCUCGCCCACAUUAUAGACACUGAACAUUUACCCAUCAUACCUGAUCAGGUGUGUGCUCUGUUCGGAAACAUUGAGGACAUAUACGAGUUCAACAGUGAGCUGCUGCAGGAAUUGGAUUUGUGUAAAAAUGACCCGGUGGCCAUUGCCAAGUGUUUCGUACUAAAGAGUGAUUACUUUGAGAUCUACACACAGUACUGCACCAACUACCCAAACUCAGUUGCUGCAUUAACAGAAUGCAUGAGAAAUAAAACACUGCUGAAGUUUUUCAUGGAGAGACAGGAAGUUCUGAAACACCCACUUCCUCUUGGCUCAUACCUUCUCAAACCUGUACAGAGAAUACUGAAAUAUCAUCUGCUCUUACAGGAGAUAGCGAAGCACUUUGAUCCUGAUGAAGAUGGUUAUGAUGUGGUGGAGGAGGCUAUUAACACCAUGACUGAAGUUGCCUGGUACAUAAACAGCAUGAAAAGAAAGCAUGAACAUGCUGUCCGUCUGCAGGAAGUGCAGUCAUUGCUGAUUAAUUGGCAUGGUCCUGACUUGACCACAUACGGUGAACUCGUUCUGGAGGGAACCUUCCGCUUUCAUCACACAAAACACAAUAGAACUCUCUUCCUGUUUGAGCGGGUUCUGCUCAUCACCAAACGGCAUGGAGAGAACUUCGUCUACAAAACACACAUCUCUUGUUCAACGCUGAUGCUUAUGGAGGGAGCAAAAGACUCGCUGUGUUUCAGUGUCACACACUACAAGCAUCCUAAACAGCCUCACACAGUGCAGGCCAGAACACUGGAGGAGAAGAAACUCUGGACUCAUCACAUCAAACGUCUCAUUUUAGAAAAUCAUCACACCAUCAUUCCGCAGAAGGCUAAAGAGGUGAUUUUAGAAAUGGAUCCAAUGUAUCAGAAGUACAGAUUUAACUCUGAAAGGAAAAAGAAAGCACAGUCUGAUGAUUUCACGCAUACUCGUCAGUCAGAAUUAACCAAAGAGAUGCUCAAAAACAAAGCCAUGCUUAAGGAUGAAGAGUGGCAAGGACACGAAGACACCCAACAGUUCCAGCAGGAGGAGAGACAAGUGUGUGAGGAUCCAGACACAAAUAAGUCUUCUCCAAGCAUAGUCCAGUUCCAGAAUAACACAGCAGAACUUGGAGCUACAAAGGGAAUAAAAUCCAUGUCUGAUUGUGAACAAAGCAAAAUCAGACACACUGGUGAGCACAAUAUGAGUGCUGUGGAGGGAUCUGACCAAAAUGAGGUAAAAGAAGAAAUUGUGCUGAAUCAGGAUGGACAGUCUUCAGAAGAGGAAGUGGAGGAAGACUGUGCAGAAAGUGAGAAUCACUCCAUCCUUCCACCGUCUGUUCUCGAUAAAGCAAGUGUCAUUGCUGAACAUUUUAUUUCUAAUGUUCGCCAAAGUAGUGCAGCACCAGAUGAGCUUCAGUCUCCUCAGCGAAUUCAACAGGGAGUAACGUCAAGCAAAAACGCAGCUGCUCAUUUUAACCUCCUGUCCCCAGGGGAGGAGAUGAUGUAUGGGUCAGAUCGACAUGCCUGUAGAAGGAGAGAUUCGACUCUGUCCAAACAGGAACGGCUGCUCAUUGAUAAAAUCAGGAACUACUACGAGACUGCUGAGCAGCAGGACGCAGGUUUCAGCUUGAAGCGCAGAGAGAGCCUGACUUACAUCCCGAGUGGGUUAGUGCGCACUUCUGUCAGCCACUUUAACAAAAUCCCUCACAGUGAUUAUCGGAUUAAACCUCCAAACACGGAAACAUCCUUAGUGGCAUCAUUACCCACGAGUUCUGACAUCAGAACUAAACCUGAUAAACUCAGACAUGUGUGCAGCAGAGAGGCUGAUGGCUCUGUGAGUCAGAAAUCAGAAGAGUUUUCAGAAGAAUGUUUCCAUUCAUCAGCAGAAAUGAUUAAGAUUUGGCAGGAAAUGGAGAAAGAAGUCACAGGCUCACUGAGAGAAUGUAAGUUCAGAGAUAUGUCACGGUUCAGAGGAACAAGUUCAGUUUCCCAAAGAUUCAGUCGAAACACGGAAGCUCAAGUUAAAGAACAAGAACUGAAGGCCGCUGAUGAUCUCAGUACUAUUACAGAGGAAUCACCAAUCAAGGGUAUAGAAGAUGAAAAUGAAAAAGAGUCAACAGAAAAUGCAGUCUUAAGUCUGAGGAAGAAGUUUAGCCAGAACAUACAAAGCAGAGAAACUUUUAAUCAGCCAAGGAGGUGGGCCUCAGAGACGACCAUAAACACAGUUAAUCAAAUACCAUCGCUAACAGACGAGGAGACCAAGACAACCAUCAAAGGAAAACCAAACCUGGCACUCUCAUUAACAGCAUGUGUUCAGGUAACACAAGAUGUACAACAAAUACAGACUUCCUCUUCCAAUAGUGUAACAGUUUUAUCUCCAGAACGUUCAUACUCAAAAAGUCCCAUGCCAUUUGAGGGUUUUCUUUGGCCAGAUGUAAGCGAGCUGUGUUCCAAGUACAGCUCUUUGGAGUGUGCUUCUCUCACACCACUCACUUCUACUGCAAAUGCACUCAGUCCAGGCUACGGCAUGGACAACAAAGCAUCUCGGAUUCAGCGAGCUGGGUCUCUGGAUCAGAAAAUGGUUGGCUUUGGAUGGACUAAUUUACAGGACAACAAGGUCAAUAGUGAUUACUGUAUCUCAGCACAGGCACCAUUACCCAAACACAGGACCAUUACUGUGCUGGAAAAAGUCAACAAAACCGAUACACACACCAGCCAAUCACAAAAUCAUGUCCAGGUUCAGUCCCCCACAUCGAGGGAGAAAAUGUCCCUGCUGUCUGUGACUGAGCGCUGCCGACUGUAUGAGGAUCUGGAUGAGGCAGCUUUCAGAAUGGAGCCAGAAACCAGAAACAAAGACAAUAAAACUGAUAAACACAGUAAUGCCACGCAGCAGGGUGUUGUCAAAAACCUCCGGGAAAAAUUUCUUAAUCUGAAAUAGAUGAAGGGUACAUGUAGAGUAAAUUGUGUAGUGCACUAUGUAGGGAAGAGAGAGGCUUUGGGAUGCAAUCCUUGCAAUUAUUCCCGGAAGAGACCGCACUCAUCUGGAUAGAAAUAUUUCAUCAUAAGGUAAAGGGAGAAGAGCUGCAGGACUGAUCUGCAGGUGGCUUCACUGUAAGGGGGUGAGUGAAGACAAACCAUGGCAGUGACUUAAGUAAAUGUAAUUGUGACUUCAAUCAGAUUUUCUCAUUUCUCUCUUUAAUAAUGCAAAUAAAUGUUAACUGAAAUAGAUUGACAUUAAUGGUUCACCUGUAAUUAACAUCAUGCACUUAAUUAUGAUUGGGGUAGUUUUAUAUAAUAUAAAUCAGGAAUUAUUGUCUAUUUUUGUUAAGUUUUUUUGUGUGUGCGCACGCGCAUUUAAAUUGAGUAUAAAAAUCUAAACAUCACUGUUUUAUUUCCUUCUAUUUUUAUUUUAUAAUUUUACCACUUGUUUAAUAUAGCAGACUAUUAUCUAUCACUUGUUAUAGACAAAAAAGCACCACUUUAAGCUAUUUUUUGCUUUCACUGUACAACCAUGCUGCUGAACUUUGACCUAAAAAUCUCCUUUAUAGUAAUUGCUGUUUUAUUAAAAUUCAUUUUGUAUCUUAAUUGUAAAGAAUAAAUCUGAUUCUAAUUCUGUUGCAGAAAAACAGGAAGUAAACGUCAUAAAAAUUGAUUAGCGUAAGAUGUUAAUUUCCUUUAUAUUGUGAUUUUCCCCUCAUUACUCAUUUAUAAUAAUUUAUCUGAUAUUUAUUA